AGCACCCGUAACUAGGAUUGGGCACACAUAACCACGUUUAAUGUAGUUUUGCAGCGCCUGUUGCUCAAGUAGAAAUCGGUAGUACGAAAUAUUGAUAAUAAAUUAGUGGCUAGUAUGGCAAAUGAAGGGUUAUUGCUAAGUACGAUCGUUUCGGGGCAGUUUGAAGAUGCUGAUGUGUCUGACAGUGCGGACCACAGUCCUGGUCAGAAAUCUGUUCCUGUGACAGCAGUGGAAAGGAAAGUGGAGAAUCUCAGUUUAACAACUCCAGGGGAAGAUGGAGCUGACAGUGAAAGUGAGGAGGAGGAGGAGGAAGACUGGGACUGGGAUGAUGCUGGGGGAGACCUCACCAAACGCUACACAGCUUCCAGGGGAAACCACCAGCAGGCAAACCGACAGAAUCCCAGUAAUAAAACUUUGAAGAUGUCCACUCCUACAGACAAGGUCUUAAGAAAAUUUGAGCAUAAAAUCAAUCUAGAUAAACUAAAUUAUGCUGACUCUGUAAUAAAUCGAGUAACAGGAAAGUCAAGACAAAGAGAAGCGGAACUGUAUCGAGUUAAGGACAAGUCAGACAGAGCCACAGUGGAACAGGUUUUGGAUCCAAGAACUCGGAUGAUUCUCUUCAAAAUGCUGAGCAGAGGGGUCAUAUCAGAAAUCAAUGGUUGCAUAAGUACUGGCAAGGAGGCCAACGUUUACCAUGCUACCACAGCACAGGGGGAAAGCAGAGCCUUAAAGAUCUAUAAAACCUCCAUUUUGAUCUUUAAAGAUCGGGAUAAAUAUGUCAGUGGUGAGUUUAGAUUUCGUCAUGGUUACUGUAAAGGAAAUCCAAGAAAAAUGGUCAGAACCUGGGCUGAGAAAGAAAUGAGGAACUUGAUUAGGCUGCAAACAGCAAAAAUACCCUGUCCAGAACCCAUUAUGUUGAGAGGUCACGUUCUUGUCAUGGCAUUCAUUGGCAAGAAUGAAAUGCCUGCUCCACUGUUAAGGAAUGCACAACUGUCAGAGUCCAAAUCCCGGGAGCUAUACCUGCAGGUGAUUCAGUACAUGAGGAGAAUGUAUCAGGAUGCAAGGCUGGUCCAUGCGGAUCUCAGUGAAUUCAAUCUGCUGUACCACAAUGGAGAAGUUUUAAUUAUUGAUGUAUCCCAGUCUGUGGAGCACGACCAUCCACAUGCAUUGGAGUUUCUUCGGAAGGACUGUGCUAACAUUAAUGCCUUCUUCUGGAAGCAUGAAGUUCCAGUGAUGACAGUACGGGAGCUCUUUGAGUUUGUAACAGACCCUUCAAUCACAAGUGAAAACAUCGAUGAAUAUUUGGAAAAGGCAAUGAAGGAAGCUGCUGAUAGAACAGCGGAGGAAAGAUCCAAUCGGGAUAAAGUAGAUGAUGAGGUGUUUAAGAAUGCCUACAUUCCAAGAACGCUGACUGAAGUAACAAAUUAUGAGAGGGAUGUCGACAUCAUGAUGAACAUGAAAGAGGAUACAGUCUUGAAUGUACAGCAUGAUAAUAUCCUGUAUCAGACAGUGACAGGACUAAGGAAGGAUUUGUCUGGAGUACAAAAGGUGCCUGCUCUUCUGGAAAGCACAGCAAACAGAGAUGAGAACUCCAGCUCUGCGGGUGAAGAGAGCUCAGAGUCUGGGUCGGAAGAGGAAGACGAAGAGCAGGGGUUGCAUCCCAAAGACAUAGAACAGCAGCCUGAUUUGGACAAGAAGGAACGGAAAAAGGUGGCAAAAGAAGCACAGAGGGAGAAAAGGAAAAACAAGAUGCCGAAACAUGUCAAGAAACGAAAAGAGAAGGUGGUGAAAAUGAAAAAGGGCAAAUAAGACAUUGGGACUUGGAAGGAUAAACUUUUACUAGCAGUGAAGCUACAUGUGCAGAGGCGGUCACUUAUAAUGUAUAAUUAAAGGAGAGAUCAUUACCAUGGGGUACUUUGAGCAAGUUCCAUUGAGCGCUGUAUUCUAAUGCUAUAACUAAACGCAGUAAACCAGUGGCAAGGAAUUAAAGAAUAUUGAAAGGAGAA